AUGGCUUCUCCACCACCUCCUGAAGCGUCUACUCCUCCAAUCGAUGUCUCACCUCCAACCUUUAGUCCUCCACCUACACCUUCUGGCCCACCGGCUAGCUCAUCACCACCUCCAUCUUCUACUCCGCCGGCUAGUUCACCACCACCUCCAUCUUCUACUCCGCCUCCUAGUUCACCACCACCUCCACCUUCUAGUCCGCCACCUAGUUCACCACCACCUCCAGAACCUGAUCCACCACCUGUCUCACCUCCACCUGUACCAACUCCUUCUCCUCCUGCAAGUUCACCUCCAUCACCGGCAUCACCUCCCCCUACAUUGUCACCUCCGCCACCCGUACAGAAUCCAGAACCUCCUCCAGCUCCAAAAUCACUCACAAAUUCAUCUCCACCACAAUCUCCGGAACCUCCGAAAGGUUCAUCACCUUCACCACCUUCACCACCUUCCCCCCCUUCACCGCCUUCACCAUCUUCAUCCAACUCACCUUCAAAUUCACCUCCAUCCCCAACAUCUAAGCCAUCAGAAAAUCCACCUCCUUCCCCAGCCUAA